ACCUCUGCGUGUGUGUGUGUAUAUAUAUAUAUAUAUAUGAUCUCAUUACAUUGGAGGAAAACUAUGCUACCUUGUAUUAGAUACUGGGAUUAUAUGUCUCACUCUGGCUCUAAUUUUUCUGGUACUCCAGACAGCGACUAUGGUGAGCCUACAAACUUUGAGCUCUCAGAAUUCUUGAAGUUUGAUGAGUGGAUAGAAGAAGAUGAUCAACCUUCUCUGCUUUCUGCUUCUACCCAAAAUCCUGUUUAUCGAGCUCAUGUAAUCGGUGAUUCAGGUUUAGCUACCAGCACCCAUGGAGGGCCUAGUAUCGAGGGCAGGGAACAGAAGGAAGGUAAAGAGAGGGUGGCAUUCAAGACAAAAACAGAAGUUGAGAUACUAGAUGAUGGGUUUAAGUGGAGGAAGUAUGGGAAGAAGAUGGUCAAGAAUAGCCCAAACCCAAGCAGAAAUUAUUAUCGGUGCUCGGUUGAAGGCUGCCAUGUCAAGAAGAGAAUAGAAAGAGAUCGAGAGGAUCAAAGCUAUGUAAUAACAACCUAUGAGGGUGUCCACAAUCACCCAAGUUCUUCUUAGGCUUCAAGCUUUACUGUUGCUUUCAGUUCAUUGAGUUUCUGGCUAGCAUUGCACAACCCCACUUUCACUUUCUUAAUGAUAUGAUACAAUUAUGUUGGGUUGUCUCCAAUCUGAGUCUAAUGAACUGAAAAAAAAUUAUAAUAUUAUUAAUAUUUCAUUAUAGUUUUUGUAAAA